UUGCUUGGUGCAUCAAUCAAUGUUUCGUGAUAAAUAAAUAAAUAUAUUUUGUUUUUGUUAGUGAAAGUCUUGUAAAAUUGCACGAAUGCAAUAAAAUCAUAAAAUGAACAAAUCUUGGAAAUCUUUUGAUCUGCUGCUCACAACUCCCAGUCCCACGAGAACCAGCAGGACCUUUCCUCGUGGAACAACAGUACCGUCUACCUCGACACGUCGGAUUAUUGCUGAACUGAAACCUAACACCUCGCCACGAUCAUCAUCAACACUACAGCCAAUACAGCUCAAUGCAUCAGGCGACACAACUCUGAUUGAGAACGACUUAUCGGACGAUGACGAUAGUGAAAGGUCAACAGUGAAGAGCGUAGCAAUUUCCUCGUCAGCAGUGGAUUGUUCUGCUCCAUCACUUGAUCCGAAGGAUGUGGCAAUCUGGGACAAAUCUCGCCCAGAUUCGGACAUCGAAAAUUUAUCAGAACCUCAAGCUCCGGCGAAUGACGAUCCACCGUUGGAAAUAUCGGAAACCUCGUCCGAUGAUUCAGACUGUGAAGCCAUUCAUUGCAAGAAAGAAAAGCGACUCAAAUUGGAUUUUCUAAACCACAAGUCUCCAGGACGAAGGAUAACCGAUGACAUUUUCACGGUAGAAAACGCUACUGAACUGACUAUCAGUACCGAAUUGUCAUCCAAGUGGAUUAAACCCAUCGUGACUGAAAACAGUCUUAGCUCCAAAGGAACUCCAAUGAGGAAACCGAGUUCCACCUGGAAGCGACUGGACGAAUCGUUUAGAGACAAUCAACCGACGACGACUGCUAAGAGUCCUCCUAGCUGUAAAUGGAAAACGCUGAAUGACACAUUUAGAAAGAAUCCGGCCGAAAUUGAAUCCGAUCUUACUCCGGAAAAUGUGCCACUACCGAAAACGAACGAACCAUCUAUCCAGCAGGAUGCGGACACUUCCUUCUAUGAUCCAACACUGCAAGACCAGUGGCCCUCGCGAGUCAAGUACCGUAAGGGUUGUCCUUUGUCCCGUUUCAAUCAGGCUCUGCAAGAAACCGCCGGGUUGGCUCGAUUCUGGCUGCAUGAGCGAGAAAUGGGCUUGAUUCCAGCUUACAGGAAACCGGUUAAAAUUCAAACUAUCGGAAGGAUUUUCGGUCGAAUUGUGAUUACCUAUCACGAACCGAUUCAAGAUGAGCCCGGGGCGGUAGUAGAACAUAUCCUUUAUGUGGAUCCGAGCGAGAAACAGUUGAAACCGUUGAGGAAGGGCUCCCUGAUAGAGGUGAUGUACGAUUUGGUACCACAUAACCUAACCGGACGAAGGGUUGUUCACCUCGGUGUGUCCAAGAUAAGGGCUGUGAGUUAGAAGCGUAAAAUAAACUGAUCAGAUGACGGAAAACAUUCAUUUACCAUUAUUUGGAAGCGUCCACAAAUCACUUUUUUGAUAAACCACUUAGACCGAAUUUCGGUCAUCUCAGGCCGUCCCUUCCUCCACGUAGACUUUUGUUCUUACAAAAGAAACAUGGAAAUUUGUAUGAAGAGUAGUAGACUUUUAUCAGACACCUGCCUUUCCCCAGAAAUCUACGUGGUUCAUGAACGGCCUCUAAGGUUCUUCACGUGCAAAAUAGCCUUUAAC